CCCCACCACUUCCCUUCUCUCUUGUGUCACUCAGUGUUUUAAUUUUCAGCUUUGAGAUCGACAAGCUUUCGCUAGAAAUCGAAGAUGGCAGAUUACGAGCAAACCAAGGUCGAGCAGAGCAGCAGCGCUGGAGAGGUGCAAGAUCGAGGGCUGUUCGACUUCCUGAAGAAGAAGGAAGAGGAGAAGAAGACGGAGGAGGGAUUGGUCGAAGGGGUGGAGAAGAUUCACAUAGAGGAGGAGCAUGGGAAGGUAGAGGAGGAGAAGAAGGAAGGACUUCACGAGAAGCUGCACCGCUCUCACAGCUCCAGCUCCAGCUCUUCGAGCGACGAGGACGACGGCGGCGAAGAGGAAGCGGUUGGCGGCGAGAAGAAAAAGAAGAAGAAAGGUCUGAAGGAAAAGAUCAAGGAGAAGCUCGGCGGCGACGAGAAAAAGGACGAAGAGAAAGUGGUGGUUGAGCAUACCGAGGCGGUCGCCUUCUCCGCCGACGACGAGACGGCUGUGGUCAUCGAGACGGUGGAAGAGCAGACGGUAUUGGUCGCGCCGGAGGAGGAGAAGAAGGGGUUCUUGGAAAAGUUCAAGGAGAAGCUCCCCGGCGGCGCUCAGAAGAAACCCACCCCCGAGGAGGUCCCUGCGGCGACUGCGGAGACGGAGCAGGAGAAGAAAGGACUUUUGGGGAAGAUCAUGGAGAAGCUGCCUGGUUAUCACAAGGCGGAGGAGAAAAAGGAAGGUGCCAAUUGAAAAAGAAACCAUAAGGAAUACGAUCGAUCGAGCUUGGUCCGUUACGUUGGUAAUUAUAAUCUCCUCUCUAUAUGCGUUUUUUGGUUUUGUUCGUGUUGCUGUUUGGUGUUUCAAUUCUGGCCGUGUAUGAGCCCGAUUUAAGUUGGUAAUUUGUUUGGUUAUGAUUAAAUGAUUAAUGGUAAUGUAAGGGCGUAUUGUCAUAUGUAUGUGUCAAUAUAUAUAUAAUUAAUUAAUUAAUUUUGUAAA